CUGGUUAAUUUCGGGUUAACAAACCACCGCAGAUUCUCUCCUUUGUUUGCGGCAGCUGCGUCACAUGUAUGUUUUGUGCGACAUACAAGAAAAGUUUUUCUGCGGUUACUUACUGGAACUCUGGGCGUAGCAGCAAUUUCCCAAACAUUUGACAAAAAUACUCAUGAAAAAGAAGGUAUUUGAAAAGCCUGCACUGGAAAGAAACCAGCAUUUGAAAAGCUGUGAAUGGUCAGCUACGCUGGCCGCCGCCGCCGCUACAGCGUCCAAAUACUCGCAUAAAUAAUUUUAAAACAAGGAAGCGUGACGUAAAUCAAGUAUUAAACGAAACGAACCCAGUUUAGAUUAGCCAGUGGAAGUACCGAGCGGAACGCUCCGAGUGAAAGAUAGUGCAAAUAUUCCCAGUACCAAUUCCGGAUUCCCAGUCCCAGGUUGCAUUAUUAUCCAGCAGAAUCAGCUGCAUUUUCAUGCAGCUCCCAACCCUAUUUUGUGUGGGCAUUAUGAAUGAGAUUGUUGUCCCUUAACAUCUACAAUGGCAGGAUGGCAACGGUGGCCAGCGGCAUUUUCUUGGCAGAAAAUGCAUGGUGAACCGAUUGGGGAAAAGUGCAUCUGAUUGUGGUUAUCAGGAUUUGAUCAGGCGGGAUAUUAUUCCACUACAAUCCACAGCAUAGCGGACUCUGAUGCGUCUCCGAUGGUUUCCCGCUUCAUAAUAUGCACGGAAUUCUGGUCAGGUUUAAAGAUCGCGCGAUUACAUAGCGUGAGACAGCGCAGCACGGCUUUCAUCGUGGGUAUUGAACCUGCUUCUCAAAAUGGAGACAACAGAGCGGUACAGCGGCCCUGCGCCCUCUGAUCAUCUGCUUAAAUACGGCCACCCAACUGUUAUCACCAAACGCUUUGCCGCUUCCCCAACCAAAAAAGGGGAAAAGAAAGAUGGUUCUAGGAACAGUAUUAUAAAAAGCGAGGAUUACAAUAUCGUUUUGUCGGUACCCCCGAGACCGGAGAAAAAACCGCCAAAAAAUCUUAAUAUUUUUGAUAUUCGCUCGGCGGAUGAUAUUCUCGAUUACAUUUUGCCACCCAGACUUUGGACUGAGAAUGGCCUGCAAUACGUGCAAAAAGUUUCUCGUAUACCUGCUACCAGAAUGGACGUUCUGAACUUGCAAGAGCGACUGGAUAACAGACUCGAGCAUUUAGGUGCGCGGGAAACUGGAAUUUGUCCAGUCCGAAGAGAAUUAUAUACACAGGCAUUCGAUGAGCUGAUUCGGCAAGCCACCUUAGAGUGUGCAGAACGGGGACUGAUGCUUUUACGAGUUCGCGAUGAGAUUCGUAUGUCGAUCGCAGCGUAUCAAACGCUUUUCGAAAGCAGCAUGGCCUACGGUAUGCGCAAAGUGCUUUUGUCUGAACAAGGUAAAAACGAAUGCACAGCAAAGAUUACGGAUUACAAUUCUCGCAACAUCAGUUUGCAACGGCAAGUAGAUGAAUGGAAAGAAAAGUUCGAUACGCUGGAGAAGCGAAAUGAAGAAGUAAGGGCUUUGGACAGUCAGAGAAAGCUGGAGGAGCUUGAAGCAGUCAUUCGAACCAACGAGCAGCUAGCGACCGUCUUGGACAACAUCACUGUUCAGCGUAGUUUAGUCCUCAACACUGGUAGCGCAACGGAUGAUCUUGCAGCAAUGGAGGAAGUGCGGGCAGAAAAAAAGAAAAAAGAUGAAACAGCGGACGAUUCCCAUAUGGAUAAAGGGAAAAUGAAUCCGUAAUAUGUUUCUUCAAACGACGUGAUGCGGGACGGCGCCCAUGGCGUACUUAAACGCAAUAAAAGCGUACUUAUUACGUUGCGUGAAGAUUAGUUAGAGUAUUCGUGUGCGGUGUGUGUUUCAGAAUGAUUACGCGAAGAUGUAUGUCAGUGUGUCAGAAUUUUCACAGGAUUGCUGCGCUCCGUAAGCCGGACGCAUAAAUACGUGGCAAUUCUUAAGCAAAAGUUAAAUAUUUAAAUAUCAAAAAGCCAAUGCUUCUGAUGCCAUGUCCAGCUACUCGUAUCAGCAACUGUCUAUGUGAGGACUACAGCGCUUUCCAGUGUUGUAACUUGUGAGUAGUCACUGACACAACUUUGCGUUGUAACGCACAUGCGGCACGGCAGAAA